AAGGUUUCUUCAUAAACAGAGUCGACAGGCGGAAGUCACGCUGAUCGUUCUUCUAUCUCUUUUGCGAUUGCGUUUGCGACCCUAAUAUCUGUUAGAGAUGUCGUCGCUAUACAGAAUUGCUAGAACAUUCUCGAGGAAGUUUUAUUCAACCUGCCGGAGCUACCCUUUGGUCCAAGCCAGUUGGCGCCACAACCAACAAUACCUUAAUUUUGCUCCUUCCAAUCAUAUUCGCACAUUUAUUGAUUCUCAGAACAAGGGAUUUGAAUUUUCGUCAUGGGCAUUUAAUGGAGAGAUUACAGUUGCUGCAAAAUCAAAUGAUAAUGCAGAAGAAUCAGACUCUGAGCAGGAGCAGGAGGAGGAGGAGGAUAUGGUGAAGCUUGUUUCUGAAAAGGAUGAACUUCUGAUGUUAAAGCAGAAAGAGAUUGAGAACAUGAAAGAUAAAAUUCUUCGUACAUUGGCAGAAACAGAGAAUGUCAAGGAGAGGACGAGACGGGAAGCAGAUAACACGAAGAAAUUCGCCAUACAGAAUUUUGCGAAAGGUUUAUUGGAUGUUGCAGAUAAUUUGAGUAGAGCUUCUUCAGUUGUAAAAGAAAGUUUCUCGAAAAUUGAUGAAUCUAAUAAUGUGAAUAGUUCUGGAGCAAUCACCCUUGUGAAAACAUUACUUGAAGGUGUUGAAAUGACUGAGAAACAGCUUGCAGAGGUGUUGAGAAAGUCGGGAGUAGAGAAAUUUGAGGCGAUAAAUGAGCAGUUUGAUCCUAACAGGCAUAAUGCUGUGUUCCAAGUGCCUGAUGCUUCUAAACCACCUGGUACUGUGGCCAUAGUUCUCAAGGUGGGCUACAUGCUGCAUGACAGAGUUUUAAGGGCAGCUGAAGUGGGAGUGACAAUUGCAGAUGUUGAUCAAGGAACAAAAUAAAGUAUAUGCCAUUUUUAUUCUAUUUGAUUGCUUUAUAGGGGGUGGGUGGGGAAUAAGAGAGGUUUUGUUUCUUUGAUCAAUAAUCACAUGAUGUUAUGUUGGAAGACAAUUUAAUUAUCUGAGGGAAUAUUUGUUGAAUU